AUGUUGCGGGGCAGAGCUGGAAGAGGAUGGAUUUUCGUUGGCAAUCUCGUGGAUUGUGGAGGAUUCAAUCGUGGAUCAAUGGCCAUCUGCGAGUUCGAGUCAUUGGCCAACUGCGUGUCUACUCGAGUUCAAUCGUGUUCUUCAUGCUUCUUCAAUUUGGACAGUCCUGACGUUUUGGAACAUGCCGUGAAAAAUCUGAAGCAUCUAAACGAUAUUAUAUUUCGCCGUGAUCUUCAAUCGAAAAAUCUCGAACCACCGUUUACCCACUAUCUCCAACUCUCUAUUACUUCAAAUAGUCUGUUUGCAAAAGAUCCCAUCACUUCUGAAACUAAUGGUACAACACGAACGGAACGACUAGUCUACGAACAGCCGUUGGAGAAUGCUCAAAAGUAUCUGAUUGACAAGUUAUUCGGAGGAAGGUCUCAGAUAAUUAUUGGUCAUAUGAGCUUUGAUUCUGAAGAUCAUCAUUUUCCCAUGGGUUCUCUGCUGCGUGUUCAGAAUUUAACCAUUGGAUCUAGGUCGUUUGUUCGUUAUCGAGAUAAAGUGGAAAGCGUACUGGACUACAAAGAUUACCCAUUGGAAACGCUCUCUUUGAGUGGAGAGGAACUAAAUCAUCCAAUAGUCGAAACUGCUCCGAAGCUACUAUUCACCGGACUACCUUCCGACUUUCCUGUAAUCCGUCAUCGGAACGUCCAGUUCUCUGGCUAUUUUGACAUCACAACUUCAGUUCAGCAAUUAGUGCAACAUAUGCUGAGUGUCAAGACAAGCAUCGGAGUGUGCUAUGCAUUCUUUUCUUGGCUCGAUCUUAAGAAAACGGCAUUAAUUGAACAGAUCAAGGAAGCUCAUGAAGAACGAGUGAAACUCGUUGUGAAUACAAAAAACGAUACAUUCUCAAAUUGUGUUGUUCUCCAAAUGACAGAAACAUCAGAUCUAUUUGUCUACUGGACAAACGGGACAAUCAAAAUUGAAGUGUUGCCAUCCGGAAGUCCAGUACCAAUUGAGCAUGACGAAUAA